CAAAAAACCCCUCAACUUCAAAGAGUCACAAAUCACCCUUAAUCAAAAAGGGUGCAGAAAUUUUUUUUGGGCCCUCCCCGCCAUGAGCUCCUACGUAGCCAAUUCAUUCUAUAAGCAGAGCCCCAAUAUCCCUGCCUAUAACAUGCAAACUUGUGGGAACUAUGGAUCGGCCUCAGAGGUGCAGGCAUCCAGGUACUGCUACGGCGGAUUGGACUUAAGCAUCACUUUCCCACCGCCUGCGCCUUCCAACUCUCUCCACGGGGUAGACAUGGCUGCCAACCCCCGGGCUCACCCCGACCGCCCCGCCUGCAGCGCCGCAGCCGCUCCGGGACACGCUCUGGGCAGAGAUGAAGCGGCUCCUCUGAACCCCGGGAUGUACAGUCAGAAGGCGGCUCGCCCAGCGCUGGAGGAGCGAGCUAAGAGCAGUGGGGAGAUCAAAGAGGAGCAGGCGCAGACAGGGCAGCCUGCCGGACUGAGCCAGCCACCGGCCGCGCCACAGAUUUACCCGUGGAUGACCAAACUGCACAUGAGCCACGAGACGGACGGCAAGCGGUCCCGAACCAGUUACACGCGCUACCAGACUCUGGAACUAGAAAAAGAAUUCCACUUUAACCGCUACCUCACUCGCCGCAGGCGCAUAGAGAUCGCCAACAACUUGUGUCUCAACGAGAGACAGAUCAAGAUCUGGUUCCAGAACCGCAGGAUGAAGUGGAAGAAAGAUUCCAAAAUGAAAAGCAAAGAGGCUCUCUAGAGGCAUCGGGGAGGCCCGCCGAGAGCACCCCGAGCCCGCUUCGGUCCCGCGCCUUUCCCUGUCGGUUUUUCCUCUCUAGAUAUCUUGGGGGCAAGAACGGGGGCUGGAGCGCCGGUUCCCCACCUCAGACAAAAGCUCUUUCCCUUGGCAUUGCGCAUCCCCACCGACCCCAGGUUCCCCGCGGGGCUACCCGCGCCGACCGGACUCCCUUCAGUUCUGCUCAGCACCGAGGUCCGGGGCAAGUUCCGCAGGGGACCCUCAGACGGCUGUGGCACAGGAGCUGGUGCUGAGCGAACCUGACUUGGGCCGCAUCUCAGAAUUCCUGCCCCAGCGUAGGCCGCCGGGGUUCAGGUGGGCCCUGCCGGCGCGGCAGGCCCCACGCCCGGACCCUGCGGCCUCGCCCUCUCCUUUGUUCCGGCUUAGGCGGGCCAGGCAGGCUGCUGGCUUGGUGAGAGCAUGGUUGUACUUGGCAAACCCCGGCACCAUCUCGGGGUGCUUCUUUGUAGCCACUCAACUCGAUGCUCAUUUUUAAAAAUAAUCUGCAUAUGAAAGGGGGAGAUGACUGUCUGCCUAGGGCCCCCUCGGUUGCCCUAAGCUCUCUAAACCUGCACCCCCCCCAACCCCAAAACCCGGAAACCUGUCCAGCCUGCGCUCUCUGCAUGCCCUCUCAGGCCCCUGGCCUCAGACCGCUAGCUAGCUCAACUAUUGGGGUUCCCUGCUGCUAGACCCCACAAAGGUCCUAGAGGCUCCUGGCUGCCCAGUAGUCCUUGCCACGACUUUCGGUGUCCUUCUGCCCAUCGCUAUUGUCCAACUAUUUAUUAACUCCACAUCUUUCCUGAAACUAUAUUUUGUCAUAUCAAAUAAAGACAAAGAGAGAACAGGACGAAA